GAUCCCCCGUGUAAGAGUGAUGUGGAGGAGGACAUUCCAGGAGAUGUCACCACAGAAAAUCCCAGUAAAAAUUUGGAGGGAAACGUCAUGUUAUCAGUAUCGGAUGAAGAUAAUAUUAAUCGUUCUUCAGGAGGAGACCUUAUUACCCUUAAUGUACAUUCAGAAGUUCACGGUACAGAUCUGUCAUAUAAUCAUGAAGACUCUUCUGACCAAUCACAGAUUGUUUCCACAAGUACUGGGGGUGAAAAGUUUCAACGUGGUAAAGAGUUCGCAAAAAGCUUACAUCUUUCUACACCACAAAUUCACACAGGAGAGAAGCCGUAUUCAUGUUCAGAAUGUGGGAAAUGUUUUACAGAAAAAUCUAAUCUUGUUUUACAUGAGAGAGUUCACACAGGAGAGAAGCCAUAUUCAUGUUCAGAAUGUGGGAAAUGUUUUACAAAGAUAUCACAUCUUGUUACACAUAAGACAAUCCACACAGGAGAGAAGCCAUAUUCAUGUUCAAAAUGUGGGAAAUGUUUUAAACAGAGUUCAGAACUUGUUACACAUGAAAAUAGUCAUAUAGGAGACGAGCUGUACUCAUGUUCAGAUUGUGGUAAGGGUUUUACAGAUAAAUCAAGUCUUGUUAGACAUGAGAGAAUUCACACA